AUGGUUAGAAAUUAUAAAAGGACAUCAAGUAGAGCAAAAGUACCUAUCGACGUAAUACAAAUUGCCGUAAAAAAAGUUUUAGUUGACAAUAUGUCACGCAGAAGUGUAGCACAAGAUUACAAUAUACCGUUUAAAACAUUAUCACGCUAUUGUAAAAAACGUGAACUCUUAGAUAACGAAGAAGAUCAUAUUAACCAGGUUAGUGGUGUAGGGUACAGUAAACAUAAACAAGUAUUUUCAAUAUGUGAAGAGGAACAGCUUUCUGCUUAUAUAAAAAAAUCUUCAGAUAUUUAUUAUGGCUUAUCACCAAACGAAGUUCGUAAGCUAGCAUAUCAGUAUGCAUAUGAAUUGAAAAUAAAAAAACAUUCCUGA